GGUCUUGGCCGGAAACGGUCUGCUACUGCACCAGCUUAAAUGGUUAACAUUCACUUUACCAUGGUUUCGGCCUACUGUCGUUUCCCUGGGCAGGUGAUCCAUGGCUGGAUGUAUUUCGAUUAGGACAAAGAUUACUGUUCAAUUUCUCUUCCAGCAUAAAUGGACAACACCCGCCCAAAGACAAGGGGGAAUAAAGCGAGGGAUGCAGGCAGGAAAGGCAAGAAAGGCACUCGUAAACGUUCGUCCGAACAAGGGGAUGGGCAGCGUGGAGCAAAGCGCACUAAACGGGAUCAACCGGCUGAUAACGUUGGCAUUGGUUAUCAGGACAUGACCCAGACAUGCAAGGACAUGAUGGCGAACAUGAAUCUCAUGAUGACAAACAUGAACAAGUUCUUUGCCACAAAGGCACUUUCCCAGGAUCCUGUAACUAUCGAGGACACGGACGCAGCUGGCGAGGUCGCUGGGGCUGAGGCCAACGAGGCAUCCGAGGACACUGGAUUGUUUAAUACCUGCAUUUCUGAGGCGGGCACCUUGGGCGGAUGCGACGCCCACUCUUAUCCCUCCAAACCUGUACCCGGAUGGAUGGAAUCUGCGCUCAUAGAAUUGCGUGGCAAUCAGCUACUAUGUCUGCUUAUCGCAGAUCUUGGGAGAAUUUUUCUCAAUUCUACAAUGACUACAUAGGCGGUAACUUAAGCCUACCCAUAUCCAUACCAUGUUUGACUCUCUUCAUCGCAUUUUUGCAUGGGCGGGGGUUUUCUCCCUCCUCCAUAGCGUCAUGCAUGUCAGCUAUAGCAUAUUUGCACAAACUUCGUAAUCUACCUGAUCUGACAAAGUCAUUUGUCGUAAGUAAAUUAAUCUGCGCCGCUAAGAAUUUACGCGCGCAACCAGACAUCCGCCUGCCUGUUACCAAAGAAAUUCUUCACAAACUGCUGGUUGCGACACCUCGGGUGACUUCAUCACACUACAAGUCAGUUAUGUUUCAGACCGCAUUGGUUCUUGGCUUCAACGCCUUCCUGAGGAUUGGGGAGAUGCUUCCUUCGUCUAAAUCCUGUGCAGCCAACUGCCUUCACCUGCACGACCUCAUAAUCCAAUCAGAUGGGCUAAUACUCUCCUUCCGGAGAUUUAAGUCUAGCAAUACUCAGGGUUCUCAAACCCUGAGGUUAUCGGCCAAGACAAGCUGCUGCCCUUUAGUGCAUACGAGGGAAUUUCUAGCUGUCCGGGGUUCAGCACCCGGGUUGCUUUUCUGUUACCCCUGUGGCUCCCCUUUCCUACGCAGAGAAUUCGAUAACACGCUUAAGCGUGCUCUCUCCUUUUGUGGUCUCGACUCGUCCCGCUUUAAAAGGCACAAUCUGCGCAUCGGGGCAGCAACACAGUCUGCUAUCGAGGGCAAAUCUGAUGCUUACAUACGGGCAGCAGGCAGGUGGGCGUCUGACGCAUUCCGCAAAUACAUUAGGAUCUUAUAACUACAUGUAGUUUCAUGAUAUUAUGAUGUAUACCGGGUCAGACUGAGGCUGCCCGACUUUGAUUAUCUCACUGUAACGGUAUUUCCCCAGUCAGACUUAGGCUGCUGGGUUUACGUUAACUGGCUCUAUAUUAUACGUGUUGGAGAGAGCAUUCUCUGCCGGUUGUGGGGUGGCCUCAAUGACUUUCGGCUUGUGGCGGUACCCUCUCAACCGUUUCUGCAAAUUGUCUAUUUUAAUAUGCUUUUGGUCACAUGACCCACAAGUCCAAUCUCUAUUGUCAACCAUGGUCAUGUAACGCAUUUAGUUUCAUACCCUUGCUAGGGUAUCUUAUUUCAUGUUUUGCAGACAAUGCUCUCUCUUGUAAUUUGUAAAAUAAAUAUAUUCCUCAUAUCUUGGCCUAAUCGGCCCAUAAUCAAUCUAUAUAACGUGUUGUGUUAGUCAUCCUGAGUAUCUGGUGCAUAAAUAUAUAUUAUGAGGGAGACAUCCAUCAUAAUAGGUUUUAUGCUAAGAUGCUCCAGUUUGGCUAGUAGGCCUAUCGAUCAUUUGGGGUCACGUCUGUCAUGACUCAUACUAUCCUACUUAGGGGACAUCGCCGCGCGGGUCUACCUCAUUCGAGAGAAGUAGUUCAAGAUUCAUGAUCACGUUGUCUACAAAAUUUCAUCUUUAACUUUUGGCCAUCCGCCUCCCCAUCCACCUUCCUCGUAUCAAACGAUAAUGUAUUAAUUGCACCUUCCGGUGCGGAUGUUCUUUUAUAAAUUCAAU